AUGCAUGUUAUCAUUGUGGGAGCUGGCAUUGCGGGUCUCUCGCUUGCCAUUGCCCUUGGCCAGUCUCGUCACCAAAUCACAAUUCUCGAUGCUGCUCAUGAGCUUACCGAGCUGGGUGCGGGCGUUCAGAUGACACCGCAAGCAAUCAGAUAUCUUUUCAAGUGGGGUCUCAAAGAUGACCUACUCGCCCAGUCGAUUAUCCCCGAAAACUUGCAUGUGUGGGAUGGACAAGCCGGCAAUCUGCUGGGGAGUGUCCGAAUCAAGGAAAUGGAGGCUCAAUAUGGCGCCCCAUACAUUGUCGUUCAUCGGGCCGUUUUGCAUGCAAUAUUACAUCGUCACGCUGUCCAAGCUGGGGCACGAUUGCUGCUCAGCAGCGAUGUUAUUGAGUACGAUUUUGCCAACGGUGCUGUACAGCUGCGAAAUGGCAAAAGACUAACCGCCGAUCUGGUUGUCGCUGCUGAUGGGAUCAAUUCUCUUGCUCGAUCCCAGCUGCUGGGCUCCCGAGAUCCUGGAAGCCAGCCGACUGGAUGGGCCGCUUUUCGCAUGACGGCGGAAGUCUCUAAGCUCAAGGCAGAUCCUGUGACUUCGAAUCUAAUAGAUCUUCAAUCUCGCAGCUCCAAUUGGUGGAUUGCUCCACACAUAUCGUGUAUGACAUACUUGAUAAAAGAUGCCACAAUGCUCAAUAUAGUAUUAGCACACAGAGACAACAUCAACACCAAAGAAUUCACCACGGAGGAAUACAACAAGACAGUUCGGAGUAUAUUCAAGGACUUUGAGCCUCGUGUUCAGCGCAUAUUCGACCUUUCUACGUCGAAAAUUGUCAACUAUCCCGUGUAUGCGGUGCCGCCACUGCCCUCCUGGAGUCACGAAUCUGGUCGCUUCAUUCUCAUAGGCGACGCUGCCCAUGCAAUGGCCUUUUACAUGUCCAUGGGCGUGAGUAUAGCUGUCGAAGACGCUGCUGCACUUGCAACGGUGCUAGAUUUAGCUUGUCCUUCUGAUACUAGCUCAAAUAUCUCCGACAAACCAAGCAUGGUGGUUGACUCAAAAUUAAAGCAUGCACUGGAUGUAUAUGAAAUCGUGCGCAAGCCAAGAGCUGAAGCUGUGCAAGAAGCCAGCCUACAAGGGGGUGAUUCGUCACAUACCUCGCAUGAAGCAGAGCGCAGUGUUCUCUACGAAGCCCUUGCUCAUUCUCAUGAGGAGAUAAUCUGGCCGUUGGAAAGCGAUGCCGUUAGAGGCGAAUAUGUUCGGAAAUGUAGACGAACGGGCCAAAGGCUUGGACCGGGUGGCAUCACUGAUAAGGGAACAAGAGAUUGGUGCUAUGACUAUGAUGCCAUCGGGGCUAUCGAGGAGUAUUACAAGUCCUCAAUCGCAGAGCACAUGUUCGAGGCAACAAACCAUAUUGACGCCAUUCGCGAGUGA